AUGAAGAGUAAAGAUAUGCAAGAAGUUGGAAAAGCUAAAUUUGAAAAUGGUCAUGGCCCAACAAAAAUAUAUCGUGAUCUCGCCGGAGUCGUUUCAUUACAAACAAUUAAAUUAUGGAUUAAAAAGGUUCGCAAUACAGGUUCUAUCGAAUUAUCUUCACCACCAGGCCGUCCACGCACCGCUCAUCUAGGUUGUUUUCCAUACAAGAAAAUUAAACAGCCCAAAUUAACAGAUGUUAAAAAAAAGAAAAGAGUUAAAUUUGCAAAUUGGGUUCUGAACAAUUACACCAAAAGUGAUAUCACAAGAUGGUUAUUUUCGGACGAAAAAUAUUUCGAUCUGAAUGGCAUAUGCAAUAAUCAAAACGACCGGAUUUGGGCUAUAAGCAGGGAAGAGGCUGACAAAAGAGUAGCUAUUUAUGAAACAACUAAAUUUCCGGUGAAAGUUAUGGUGCGGUUAGGUGUAUAUAGUGAAGGGUUGUCGGCGCAGGUGAUUUUUGAAGAUGGACCAAUGGAUACUCAACGAUACAUCGAUGAAGUUCUUCCAAUAGCUCUAGAAUGUGGUAACGAAAUGUUAGGAGAACAUUGCACGUAUCAACAAGAUGGUGCAAGACCUCACAUACAUUAUUUCAGUCAAAAAUGGUCCAUCGAUCACUUUCCUUCGUUUAUUUCCAAAGAUCGAUGUCCUCCUAAUUCGCCGGAUUUGUGUACAUUUGACUACAGUUCAUGGAAUGAGUUGGGUAAAUUAAUGAACUGGAAGAAAAUAACAACAGAAGAAUUAUUGAUACAAGAAAUAAAACAUUCCGUCAAGAAAAUUGAAAAAGAAGAAAUUUUAAAUUCUGUGAAUGAUUUUACUAAAUGGUUACGCAUAAUUAAAGAAACUGGAGGAGAAUAUGUUCGUUAA